GUCAAGUCCCUUUCAAAUAGAAUAUUUGUACAAGGCUGCCAAAGGGGGCUCUUAAUCAUUCCUUAUGUCCUUUUUUGAGAGGAGGUCUGCCAAGCUAGACUAACCUCCUGAGUCCACACACGCACACUAUCACACACUCAAAGAAACGCAAAGCCCCUGCUGGGUCUACUGUUCUCAUUUCCCCCAUGUUAUGUUGAUAAAAGCUCUUAAAAGCUUACUUUUCGGAAAGAAAAGUUUGGCAAGAAGAUAGUGUUUUGCAACUUUUUAUAGUGCCUGGCAAGCUAGGAGAAAAGGUUUGUCAUUUCUUUGAGGGGGCGUGUGGAAAUAGUUUUACACGUUGGGGGAUUGUUUUCUUCCAAACGUCAUCUAGGCGGAACACAGUUUAGGGAAGACAACAGAAACAGUGUUUUUUGGUUAACUAAAAAAGUUAAGUUUCUAACAGUACUUCAAGCAAGUCCUUGACAGUUGACAUAGCCGUUUUUUUGUUUUUGCCUUUUUUUAUUUAUCGUCUCCAAACUAGUUUCUUUGAGUCCAUGGACAAUCCCUUUGCCAUGGAGAAAGCGUUUGGACCAGGGGCAAUGAGGAUCUCAGAGCAACUGGACAGCAGUACCAGCAACAGAAAGAACUUUAGCGUUAGCCAUCUUUUGGAUCUGGAGGAAGUAGCCGCUGGGCUCAACGGAACCAAAGACCCGGGGAACGAAAUAAGGGAGGGCAGUCGGGGCUUACAGCAGGAGCACUGCGGGUUGAGUAGCGGCAGUGAAGCAGCACCCCAUGACAGUGAAAGCCUGAGCCCAGAUCAGAGUAUGUCAAAAAGGAAGAAAAAACAGAGACGCAAUAGGACCACAUUUAACAGUAGCCAGUUACAAGCUUUGGAACGUGUCUUUGAACGAACACAUUACCCAGAUGCCUUUGUACGAGAGGACCUAGCAAGGCGCGUCAGUCUCAGUGAAGCCCGGGUCCAGGUUUGGUUUCAGAAUCGAAGAGCAAAAUUUCGUCGGAAUGAGCGAGCAGUGCUGGCCAGUAGGUCUGCUUCACUUCUCAAGUCCUACAGCCAAGAGGCAUCCAUUGAACAGCCUGUAGCUCCUCGUCCGACACCACUGAACCCUGAGUAUCUGCCAUGGACCUCAUCUUCACCCUACAGCACAGUUCCAUCAUACACAUCAUCUGCAUCAACUACAACCCCCCAGGGAGUGAACAUGGUUAACAGCAUUGCAAGCCUACGGCUCAAAGCCAAGGAAUUCAGCCUUCAUCAGAACCAAGUACCCACUGUGAACUGAUACACACCACACUGAACUGGGGUAUAACUCAUUUGGAAUAUUGAAAUGAAAAAUAAAUCAACCAAAGAAGCUGGUGUUUCUAGCCCUUUUCAGGACUUGGGAGCUCUCAAACAAUGAAGAAACGUCUGCCUGUGGAACGUGUCUGCAUUUGAUAUGCCAUAAUAAGGGACUGUUUUGCCCCUCUUUCUUUUUCCCUCAUGUUCAGCAGAGCACAUCUUUGUAAUACUUUGUAAUUGUUGGACAAGUCUAUUGAAGAUGGACUUUGUUAAACUAGUAGAUUUUAUGCAGAAUUGUUUGUGUUAAGAAAUUAGUUUAAUAUUGCUCCAAGUCACUUUUUGCACACAACUACACCAAAAGCCUUAAGAGACAAAAAGUAUUGUAUUUUGAUAAUGAAACAUUUAUAAUUGCAAGAUAUUCGGGGAAUAUUUCAGAAUUCCCUUUGAAAAGUAGCAACAGUUUCUGGUCUCAAUUGACCAAGGUAAAUAAUUCACAGCAUUUUUUCAAGCAAAAUUAGAACCAGAUAUUGGAGUCAUUUUAAAUCAAAAUUUGCCUUUUUCCAUUGAGGGUUUUUCCUGUAGCAAUAGCUUCUAAACAGUUUACAUGUGCCUCAUUUAAUGCAGAUCCAUAUAGUUCUGGGGGACCAAAUGACUAAGAUUUGAAAUAUAUCCUUAUUAAUUUGCUAGUGGACAUGUUCCAAAAUAAAAUUAGUAACUUAGCUGUUUAAGAAAGAGCUUUUAGAACUGUGUGUAUGUGCGCGCGUGCACAUGCACACGUGUGUGUGUGUGUGUGUGUGUGUGUGUGUGUGUGUGUGUUAAGCAUACAUAUGAACUUUGAGGUCACACCGUAGUAGAAAAAUGGAGAAUACUCAGUUUGUCAAUAAGAAUGAGGCUCCCCAUUUUUCCACUAGUGUACACCAAGCUGAAUAAUUAUAUAUUCAUACAUACAUGUACAUGCGUGCACACACACACAAGCAUGCACCACCUAUACUUAAGGAAACAGUAAAGAAAUGUAUGAACUUAUGCAAGAUGUCUUCUCUCUGCCUACUUUUCUCAACACUGUAACUUGUACUUUAUUUUUAAAUCCUUGCCAGACAUAUUUUAGCUAAGUCAAAUUCACAGAAAUACUAAAUGAAAUGGGUUGUGCCUGUUUAAUUUUUGGGAUUCUGUUUCGUUUAAGCAGUGUAUCUGCCUCCGGUUUCUUCUUUAUUGUGGAUUAGUGCACGCUUCAUGUAGUAAUGUCAAAAGCUACAGCAAAGUGUUUCAGCCAUUUUAGACAAAGUUAAAUUCCAUACUCUGGAGAACCUCAUAAUGCUUCAUUAUAAUUAUCAAAUGGGCUGAAUCUUAAUUUAAAAUGUACCUAGAAUUUUAUUUUUAAGAUCAGAAGAGGUAUGGACCCAAGUAAAAGUGAAGUGCUGGGCAGUGUGCCUUUCUACAGUAAAAUUCUUCUCAAGUCUAUCAGGAGCAGUAGAGCUAUUAGUAAGAAAUGUAGGGUCAGAAGACAGUUCAUUUUGUCAGCUGCUAGAUGCACAAGAUGUAUCUCUUGUCAUUUAGUCCCUCAUGCUUUGACAGUGGUCACUAUGAACGUGCUACAAAACUGGCAGGAGUCAAGCUUUACAAUAUGCGUUGAGAAACACAUCAGGAUUUAAACUAAGGGAUAUAAGUAAGCAUUAUUUCCAGAAACGUAGUACUUAGUAGCUAGUUAUUUGUGUGUGUUGGCAUAUACUGAACAGGUAUAUAUUUUUUCUGUGGUAUCUCUGAAAUGAAGUUAAUUACUAAACAUUUGUAGAAUAUGAAAAAAUAUGACAAUGAACAUGAGCAUUUUUCAGAGAUUCAUUAGGAUCAUUAGUGGCAAAAACUUUGAGAUAACCAUAUAUUUUUAUAUUUUAGCAUAAAAUUGACAGUAAUUGCUUUUGAAGAUUCUUGAGAUAAAAUGUUGUCCCGCAGCUGAGAAUCUGUUUAUUUCUAAACAUAUCACAGCUCAUAAAGAUAAAAAAAAAUAUAUAUAUCACAUUUGCCCCUAAAUACAUCUGAAUUACUGCAACCUUGUUUAACAAAACUAUAAUUUAAGUGCAUUUACUAGAAUAAGGCCAGUUUUGUUUUGGCAGCCAGCAACUGGUCUAAAAGUUUUUUUGUGACACUUUAGCGUGUAAUUUAAAACAGUAUUAUUUUAAGUAUUCAAAAGCUACCAUAAUACAUAAAAAGUUUGAAUUACAUACACUUUUCAGAGUAGUUUUUUUUCUACUGUAUGUAACACUGCUUGUUGGGCAGCCACGGUGGUACAGUAGUUAGCAUUGCUGCUUCACAGCAAGAGGUUCUCCGGUUUAAUUCUUGGCUGGGGUGUCUUCUGUGCGGAGUCUGCAUGUUCUCCCUGUGGUCGUGUGGGUUUCCU